UUCCCCCCAUCCGUGCUCUAGCGUGACUCUUCCCAGGGCCAUCAUUGGGGCAGUGGGGAGGCAAGGUGCGGAGGCUUCGUGUCAGGAAGCCCGAGAAAGCGGAGAGAGUAUCAGCUCGGGGUGUGUGUGAGGGCAGAGCAACAGGCAGUGACAGCAAGCAGAUUUGAGGGGGGUCAACUAUGCCCCCCUGCAGGAAGGUGGGGCCUUGGCAGAUGCUCAACAAUGCCCACCUGUAAUGCCAGCCAUAAACUGCCGUCUGUUCAAUCGGCACCCUGGAGUUUGGACUCUGCCCCUCGCAUGAUCGGCGGGCACGAUGCCAUCCUUACAAAAACUGUUGUCACGGGGGGAGGGGGCAGGAGCAAUAGGAAAAUCUGCCCAUUGUGCGGUUUCUCACCGUUUCAACCUCAGUUUGCGAUUUUUUAGAAAAAAGCCUCCACAAUCAGCAGUUUACAGUGUGAAUUUCUCCUAAUAUACACGUUUGUAUGCAAUUGUGCCCAUUAUAUGCAUUUUUGCAAAGCUAUUUCCCCCAAUAUACUGCUUUCGUGCCUGUUAUUUUUUCACUAAUCUGUGCAUUCUUCCUUUGCCCACUUUCCCCUAAUAUAUGCAUUUUUUAAAUAUACUGCUGGAGAACCGCAUUGCAAAAUUUGGGGAAGUGUGCACGUCAAAGGAUGGCUGCGUUUCGCUAUUACUUCGGGAGGUGCGGAUUAGGAGAUUCGCCUUUAAACGAGAACUGAAUUCCUCUCCCAUCUCUAGCAGGAACGCACCUGGGUUCCAGGUCUGUGGAGGCUUCCCAGGACAGCGGUAACCUUCUCCAAAGGCACAGCUGGGGGUGGGUGUCCACAUGCUGCAGAUUUUGAUAGAGCAGAGAGGCCGCGGGCAGAUUGUCAGAACUUGCAUUCCAAAUGGAAACAGGGACACGUUUGAUCCCCUGACCCUCCUUGCCAAUUUGGUGUUUCCAAGGGUGGUAUUUUUGGCAUUUGCCCUUCCCUGAUGGGCAUGGCAGUACCUGCUCCAUGCCAAUUGCACGUGAAGGCAGGGCCACUUGGUGCCAGCUCUGGGAGAGCCUUAUGGAUGGGCCCUUAUCAAGUGCCCUUUGAUUUCAAGUCCGUAGUCAAGGAUCCAAGGCAAAUAAUCUCCAUUUCUCUCUCACACACACACACGAAUAUCAGGAAGGACGGCUGCGCUCUGGUGAGCAGCGCACACAGGCUGGGAAGAGCACAAUGGAGUUCUUUGCCUGCGUGGUUCUGCUCCUAGGAGUCUCCUUCGCCCCCUGCUCUCUUGGCCAAGGCCUCGUGACGGGGACCACGGAAGGCUCAACUUCUCUACAGCCGUGGCUGGUGGGACUGGCAGCGGUCGUCGGCUUCCUGGUCGUGAUGUUCCUAGGCGUUCUCAUCAAUCGCAUCUUUAUAUUAAAGAAGCUGGUUACUGACUGCAGACUGGCAAAGCAGAGAGACAUUCACCCUCGCGCAAACAUUUACGACAACCUGGCGAUGGAUCCAGAAGAGGGGCCCUCAGACUCCUCCACAAAGGUGGUGGAAGAUGAGAAAGUGACCAGCAUGUGAGGGGCAACACAGGCACAAAGGAGGACAGGAACCAAGCCAGUUAUCUGCAUUUCCACAUCAGCUUAAUUGAGACCGCUGCAUUAAUGAAGCCCCGUAAAGCAAAACGCCGCCAAGCGGGGCCCUCCAAAGUCAUCCAUGAUGCUGUCCUGCCGUUACUAUCCUUACCACCACAUCCAAAGAGAAAGAACUAAGAACUCUUCGGCGAACUUUAACCUGUAAUUACAAAAUACUCUGAAUCAAAAACACUCUGUGCUCUUAAAGCAUGACUUUUCCUGCUUAAAGUUUUGAAAAUUCA